AGUGGUAAAGUUGUUUCGAUUUCUCUCGAUGUCGUCAGCAGGGAGACCGGACGCAGAGUAAAAACUGCGCUGGCCCAAUUGAAGAUUUCCCGCCUGGACGGGGCCGCCAUGCUUCACUUGCUUGCGGCGUGCGAGGAAGGUAUGUUUGAAGCACAGUUGUCCCCGACGAAAUUGAAAAGAGCAAAGACCAAAAAAGACUUGAGUAACGAAGAAUGGGAAAUCCUCUCGCUGUUCAUGUUUGAUGCGAAUCUCGUAGCAGAAACCAGUGCUCCGGACGGCUUCGAAAACGUCAUUUUCGCCGGGCGUCUCACUUCACUGGAGGAGUACGACCCAGACACAGGCGAGUUGAUUGGCGAGGAAUUAUCGGAGACACCCCCAGAAUUCGAGCUUUUCGUGAGAACUGGCGACAGGCUUCCCGUGGAGUAUGGGGCCAUGUUCCUACAACACGUGGAUAUGGACGAAGUGGCACAUACAGACCGCGAAAAAAUGGAUUUGCUCACGUGGAUUCUGGAGCAGUCGGUGCAGAAUCUAGAAUUGCAGGCUGAGCUCUCCAAAACAAGGCGGCGCCUCGAGGAAAUCGAGGCCGUUUUGGUGCAGAAGGAGAGAACUAUAGAAGAGAUGGAGAGCGAUUACAAGACCAUCUUGCGCGACAUGGAGGACCGGUUUUUCCAGGUCUUGCAGAGCAAAAAGCGCAAGAUCGCCGAGCUUGAGGGUGACAAGGUGGAGGACUUUGGCACUUUGAACCAAAGCUACAAAGAACGGCAAAAGUCCAACUUGAAGAUCCUUCAUUUGGAGGAUAUCAUUGUGGGAGAAGAGCAUAAGAAAUACGGCGAGCGCAGCCCGAAGCGCGACAGAAAGACGCGGCCUAUGAAAAGGGCGCCA